AUGCCUGGAAUGCUUCCUUCUACAUCUACAGGAAUGGCGCCACCCUGCCCUCGCUUCGUCCGACGCGACCCAUUCGCGGGUCACACGUCCAUCUUCAAGCCGCCUGUCCAGCAGCGUUUCAACCUUGUCGUUCCAACCUCGCUCAUCGAGCGAAACUUUGACAUGAACACUGUGCUGCAGCGCGGCCUGAAGGUCGUGUUCAAGCGACGCAGCUGCGACCCGUCACAACCGUCGGAAGCUCUGGCGGCAGUGUACGGCUACGUCAACCGGCACGUCAACCCCAUCGGCCUCACAUCGUACCGCGUUUCAGGGCAGCAGCCCGCCGGUGUGGGGUCCGGAUGCUCUCUGCAUGGAUGGUCCGUGGAGGCGGGGUGCCUGGUUGUGGAGGUCGCUUCCCGGCAUCAACAGCUGCUGCAACAACACUUUGGGGAUGUGCAGGACUCUACCCCAGCCCCAGCCAGGCGGCUUUUUGGCGACUGCCUGCCCUCUCCAGCCACUAUUCGUAAGCAACGGCCGCAGCCAGAGGAGUUGCCGCAGCAGCGGCUGCACCACACAAUGACGCACCAAGAGCAGGAUCAGGGGGCCCAGCAGCUGCAACAGCUGGAGGGAAGUGGGAUCCCGCCUCCGGAGGCGACGGUUGCAAUAUUGCCUCCGUCGGCGCAGGUGCCUGCCACAGAUGCCAACCACUCAACGGGAGAACCGGACGCCGUGGGCACCAGCAGCCGCUGCCAGACGCAGGAUUCCUCAUCGUUGCAAACAUCCGACUUCUUGUCAACCACCCAAGGCACUGCAGCACCCUUGCCGGUAGCACAGAAGCCGUCCCGAGGGCCGCAGCGCGCUGGCAAGGUGGUGUCCAAAGGCCACGAUACGGUUGCCACAGCUGUACUGGACCGGCGUCCCAAACGGCACCGGCGAUGCCCUACCUGGUACAACACAGACGCUACAGAGGCCAAGACAACUUUCGCAGGGAUAGACCUGUUGCUCGCGGCACAUAUGGAGCUUACGCAGCAAGAAGACGGCCGACCAAAGCGCGUCCGGCGGCCAAACAGCCUAUUCAUGCAAUGA